UCACUAUUAACCUGUUCGACGCACAGUGAAUUCUCGUGGUGUGACUAGUGAGGUGGACAGAGAUUUUGCAGACGGCAAAAUACCAACAAUUCGGGUCAUCGGGUGUGUGACAGAAGUCACCGUUAUGCUCUAAAAGGUCCCACAAGAAGGACUGGUGAAUGAGCAUCCAUUGAGAAAUUGUAUUUUGCAAUAAGUGCCUCUUGAGCAUCAAUUUUAUACUCGGCUAUUGUGGCCUUUUUUCUACUCUUUCCGCACUUUUACACCCAGUGUUGAGACGUGUGAGUGGAAAAGACCCAGGAAAAAACAACACUAAGAGACAUAGAAAACUGUUAAGAAGGUGAGAAAUUGGAGGAAGCAAAAAGUGUCACCAUGGUCGGGAGACUCUUGCUCGUGAGUCUCUGCGUGAUCCUGUGGAGCGCUGUGCAGGGUCAGGAGAAUGCCCAAACGCGGAUCUCAGCCGCCCUGCAGGAAUGCUAUCGAGACCAGGAACUCUUUAUGCGCGACAAUCGCCUGCCGCACACACCGGAAAUGCUGAUCGAGCUGAUCCGGAAGGUUGAGGACUCGGAGAACUGGAACCAAGACAUGCGCCAGCUCUCCCUGUCCAUUGUGCACAGAUUCAGGCAGGACGGCAUCGAGAGGGCGCCAGGAGUGGACGUGAGCGAAGCCGUGCUGCCCUUCAGUCCCAUGGGCUUCCAGUUCACCAAGCAUCGCAUCCUGCUGACUCGCCUGCUGCCCGGAAAUGCACAGCAAUUCCCCAACGACACACUCACGGCCACAGAGAGGUGUGCUCUGCACUUCAUGCUUUCCACCUCUGUGGACACUGCCGUGCGUGGAGACGAGAACAUUCGUUGCAAUCAGUUAUCGCAGUACAGAUCUCGCGUACCAAGAGACGUCGAGGGUGAAGAGGAGCCUGAGGACCAAGUGGAAGCCGAUGAGGAGCCCGAACCAGUUGAGGAUGAAGAAUUGGAGGAGAAGAACUUCCUGGACACGGACUUUGGGGAGCAAGUGGAAGUGACCAACGUGAACACGGCCAUUAGUCAGUGUCCAGUGGAGAACGGAGUGAUCUUGUCCCAAUGGGGAGCCUUGUCUGCCGGGCCUGUCAUCAGCGGAAUAGCUGCUGGCCUAUCACCUCAAUCGGUAACUACUAGGGAGCUCCUAGCACUAUCCCGCGAAGCCAGCCGAUCUCAGCAGCAACAGCAGAACUUCAAUGUGGACAAUCGCUGGGCCGCAACUCUUUCCGGAGAUCUCUCAGAAGUGGCUCUUCGUCAGGGCUCUGCGGCUGGUCGCACCAUCGCCGUCGGUGCUCCAGGAACCUUCAACAGCACCCUAAUUCCUCGCUGGUUCUUCCUGCGCCAGCGUGAGUUCUUCGAAAUGACCGAUCCUGAGAUCCGAGGCGGUUUGGAUGGCCUCAUAAUGGGCCUGAAUGUGGUCGACUGGAGAAACAGAUACAAUCCCCUCAAACUGAGCCAGGUUCUUGAUAUGUACUACAGCCAGAGAGGUGUCUUCGAGAGGCGAUUCAGAGCCUGCAACAGGAACAGUCUUUUCCCAGAAGUGGCACCCGUGGAGCAACUCCGAGCUCAAACGACUGCUUUCAGUACAGUCUUGGAUAGAGACAUGCAACUCCGAGUCACACUCAAUCCAGCUGGUAUUCAGACCUUCUCCAAUGCCGCCGUGGAAUCCUUGUCAACCUACAUUCCUCAAUCUCUCAAUGAUCCUUCCUGCGCGGUGACUAAUAACAGGCCGAACGAUGAGAACAUCUGGCGAACUUCGGCCGAUCUGUACAUUUUCUUGGACACUUCUUGGCCCUUCAUGGAGAUCAGCGGACCCGUUGCCCACCUUUUGCACAGUCUCGAUGUCAAUCCCUUCGGAACAUCGUACACGCUCAUGAACGCUGUUGAUGGAAGUGUGAUUGUUGGCAAGACUAACAGUCUCAGUGAUCUCUACCAUCAAUGGAAUCUAACUACCCAUCAAACUCAUCCUCAGGGUGUGGAGUUCCCUCAUCUUCUUCCCACUCUACAAGUUUUGAUGACCAAUCAGUUGGACCAAGAACGUCAGAACGGAACCAUGGGUGGGAGAUCUAAGAUUGUCCUGAUCAUUCCCAACAUGUCUGGCGUUAGUGGUGCGGAUUCUGACUUUGCCGAUGAGAGAUUGCGAUCCAUGAGGGAAAUCUUCCCCGACAUGGAACUCUAUUUCCUUUCCGGAGGCACAGCAACCAGGUGGAAUAGGUUUGUCCGCAAUCCGCGCAUCCACAUUCAUCCUCUGCGAGUCAGUGGUCUGAGUGGCGCUGAGGACAACACAAUUCCCGCUCAGUUGAGGGAUUUGAUCACCAGAAUUCAAGAGAAUCCUCGUCGCAUUAUCAAUCAUCGUUGUGGAGCUACUUGGCAGUCUGAAGAUCAGGGCAUUGACUCCCAGAAUGAUUAUGUUGAGCCUGAGGGAAUUGUUUUCUAUCGCGUCAGUCCGAACUACUUCUUCCGCGCUGGAGAUCGUCGCCGUGUGGUCAGGAUUCAGGGACAAGGCUACUCCACUCUGACAGUGUGCAUGUCCAGGACGGAGCCGAACCCAAGGGCCAACGCCACGAAUCAGAAUGGCGAAGUGAGAUGCACAAGGAUCGCUCAGAACUCCUUCGAGGAGGACGUGAGUGACUACUGCACAGAUCACUUCUACAUCCACCACUGCCCGCCCCUGUUCAUCUCCGUGGAAGGACCAUCACUGAGUGGCGGCGACCAGAUCCAGAUCCGCUGCAACGACAGGCAGUGUCGCUUCCCGGACAAUUCCCGGUUCGCUCUCCAGACAGAGAACCUGGGCUGCUUCAGCGGCAGUGGCGUGAAGAUGACCUUCCUCUUCAUGAUCCUGUCGCCGCUCUUGCUGCUUCUGUCGCGACUUCUCUAAUAUCCCUUUCUAGAUUCUUUUCUACACAUCCGCCGUUCACACGCUGCCCCAUUUUUACCUUCUUUUCGCCCUUAAUGUUUAAGUAUAGAGAGACAAACAGAGAAAUAAAGCCAUAACUUAGUAAGGAUGAGUGAAAGUCCGGUGUUGAAAUCACAAAAAGCAAUUUUCAU